UAAUAUUCUCUCCAUCAGUCCAAUUAAAUUCUCAUUUCAUGGAGAGUACGGAUUCCUCCUCCGGUUCGCCGCAUCCUCACCUGCCGCCGGGCUUCCGCUUCCACCCGACGGAUGAGGAGCUCGUCGUUCACUAUCUUAAGAAAAAAGCCGCCUCUGCUCCGCUUCCGGUCACCAUCAUAGCUGAAGUUGAUCUUUAUAAAUUUGAUCCAUGGGAGCUACCUAGUAAGGCGACGUUUGGAGAGCAAGAAUGGUAUUUUUUCAGUCCGAGGGAUCGGAAGUAUCCGAACGGAGCUAGACCUAAUCGAGCAGCCACUUCGGGUUAUUGGAAAGCGACCGGAACUGAUAAGCCGAUACUUACGUCGCACGGAGGUCAAAAAGUUGGUGUGAAGAAGGCGCUAGUGUUCUACGGAGGAAAGCCGCCGAAAGGGAUUAAAACGAAUUGGAUUAUGCAUGAGUAUCGUCUUAUUGAGAAUAAUAAUAAUUCUUCCUCGAAGCCUCCUGGUUUUGAUUUGGCUAACAAGAAAGGCUCCUUAAGGCUGGAUGAUUGGGUUUUAUGCCGGAUUUACAAAAAACAUAAUUCACAAAGACCAAUGGAUAGAGACAAAGAAGAUUCAAUGGAAGGUUUGCUAGGAAAUUUGCCUAUAAACUCGAAACAGCCGUGCACCAUUUCAAAGUCUAGUUACGGUUCAUUGCUCGAAAACGAAGAGAAUAUUAUGUUCGAAGGAAUGCUAAACGGAGGAGGUGACGGUAUGCAAAAUAGUUCAGUUUCUCAUCAUUCAAGCCAACACAUGUCCAUGGCCUCAGUUUCUAAUAAUAACUCGAAUUCGCUUUCGAUAAAACGUUCGAUCCCAUCUCAUCAGUAUUGGAAUAACAAUGAAGGUAUUGCAGCUAAUUCUUCAGGAAAACGGUUUCAUGGUGAUCUUAAUAACAGUUGUAGCACUGCAGGGACUGAUCAUCAGGAUAAUACAUCUUUUGUUUCUCUGCUGAGUCAUCUUCCGCAAGGUGGUGCGCCAUUUCAUCCGAAUACUUUUCUUGGUUCGCUCGGUGAUGGUGUUUUGCGACAGCAGUUUCAGCUUCCAAGCAUGAAUUGGAACUCGUAACUGAUACAUCAAGAAUCACAUACGAUACAUUCGAAUGUUUGAUCGUACAUACAUAUAUAUACAUAUAUACAUGAUCGAUGAUACGUGCUAUAGGUUAUUUAUAUAUUUAUAUACACAUCAACGCGGUUCUUGAAUUGAAAGGUUGAGUUAUCGAGAAAUCAAACUCAUUUGAAGGCUUUCGGUCAAUGAAGUUCGGUGUAAGUAAAACAUAUAAACAUCAUUUACCCUUUUUUCAAUUAAUAUAUGUAUUUAUACACAUUUUGUGUUA